AUGAACGCCACAAGCAACAGUCCCCAAGAUACUGCUACUCUUCCUGCCCCUUCCAACUACCAGCAAACCGAGCCCGAAGAGACUCCCUCUCCCACCGAUACAACACCGUCCAGUAUGAGGAAACAGGAGCGGAGCGAUGCCGACCUUGAACAGAAUACCACACUCCUCAACAAUGCUGCAGCUCCGAAAUGGAGGCCAUCGACAACAGAAGCCAUGGUCAUGGUGACUUUGGCCAUCAUAUCCUUGAUGGUCAGCCUCGACGCCACUGUCAUCGUGACCGCCUUGUCGACCAUUGUCCAAGCGCUGAAUGCCACUUCCACUCAAGGGUUCUGGAUAGGAACCUCCUACCUCCUUGUCGUUGCAGUGACGAUGCCAUUCACGGCCUCCAUCAGUGACAUUGUUGGACGUCCACAGACCCUAUUCACCGUCUUGUUGAGCUUCACUGUUGGCACCGUCCUUUGCGCUACCGCUCACAGCAUUGGUAUCAUGCUUGUUGGCCGAUGUCUGCAAGGCGUCGGUGGUGGCGGCGUCAUUAUCCUCUCCCUCGUCGUCUUUUCCGACAUUGUCCCUCUGCGAUUCCGACCACAAUACGUUGGCGUUCUUCAAGGAGCAUGGGCUCUGGGAAGCGUCAUUGGUCCCAUCGUCGGCGGUGCCUUUGCCAGUCCUACCCGUUGGCGAUGGGUCUUCUAUCUGAUGUUGCCCUUUUGCGGCGUUGGCUUGAUCUUUGUGCCGCUCUUCGUGCGGCUCAGGCGCCCCCAGGCUACCCUGAGAGAGAUGCUUGGCCGUGUCGAUUGGAUCGGCGGGGUCCUCUUCAUCUCCUCCGCGACCAGCUUCCUCGUGGCCAUCUCUUGGGGCGGGACCACCUACGCAUGGAAUCACUGGAGAACCCUGGUGCCCUUGCUGGUCGGCCUGGCCGGCCUGGUGGCUACGAUGAUUUGGGAGCGAUACGGCGCCAAAGAGACGGCAUUCUUGAGACAUUCACUCUUCCACGUCUGGUCGUCACAUGCCAUCUACUUUGGUGCUUUCGCCCAAGGUCUCAUUCUUUAUGCACAACUCUACUACAUCCCCUUCUUCUUCGAGUCUGCCAAAGUGUACUCUCCAAUCCGCACUGGUGUCUCGCUCUUGCCCGUGCUGCUCACCUUGGUCCCGGCCUCCGUCAUCGUCGGCGCUGCCAUCACGUGGACAGCCAAGUUCCGGUGGGCAAUCACCACAGGCUGGAUUCUCGCGACUUUGGGCACGGGCCUGAGCAUCUCAUGGAACCGCGGCACCAACACGGCCGCGUGGGCCGUUGAGAUGAUCAUCCUAGGCUUCGGGCACGGCCUGAACCUCAACGCACUGAACACGGCGUCCCAGGCCGCGUGCAAGCCCGGCGACGAGGGCCGCGCGGUCGGCAUGUACGCGUUCCUACGCAGCUUCGGCAUGGCCAUCGGCGUGGGCGUGGGCGGCUCCGUGUUCCAGAAUGUGAUGAAGGCCAAGCUGGCGAGUCUGGGUUUGCCCACCGACAUUGCCUUGCACGCCGAGGCCUACCUGGAGGUGCUCAAGCAGAUGGACCCCAGCGCGCCGCAGCGCCAGGCCGCCAUCGACGCCUAUGUCGCCGGCUUCCACGGCGUGUUUGGCUUCCUGACUGGCCUUGGGGGUCUGGCCCUCAUCGUUGGCCUCUUCAUCAAGCACUUCGAGAUCAACAAGGAGCUCAUUACCGAGCACAAGCUCGUCGACGAGUCGCGCAUCAGCUGGCGCCGCGCCAGCCAGGACAGCCGCAGCGGGCUGUCGACCGCAGACCAUUCCCGGAUGCCCAGUCCCGAGCGAGGCCCGCCGGUCGUCGCCGAGCAGGUCUAA